AAAUUUAAAAUCACAUUUUUUUUAAUAUAUUAUACACAUGGAUAAUAUUUGUGAAAACUUUUUAAGGUGGUAUAGGGUCCAGAAUAUAUAAAAUCUGACUUAACAGGACGAAACCAUUUCCAAGGACUGAAGAAUGGAGGUUGCAGAAUUGGAGAUGGUAUUGAGAGCGUUUGAAUCUGCUUUGUCUCAAAUUAAAUGGCGCCUCAAACUUGAAUCAAAGCGCCGCCUUCAAACAGACAUUUUGGCCUUGUGCACUGAGAUGAGGCCAGUUGUAAUGGUGGACUAUGGAGGGAAGAUGCCUGAACUGCAAGAACGUCUCUGUGCAUUCCUUAAACAUUGCAAAGAGGACUGCUCGGUAUUUAAGCCUUUGUGUGUUAUGGUUAUAGAAGAUAUGAUAUACUUAGUUCACGCAAGAGCAUUUGCAGAGUUUGUUAAGUCUAGUUUGAACUUGGAGACAAGACUGAUCUUUGUAGACCUGGAACAUGAUCCUCCAAAGAUGAUAACACAAGCAGAAGAAAGCUCUGCUGCAGCAGAACUUGUAUCGGCACAAAAGAUAUUUUCAUCCGUCUUUUCUGAAAAUGGAAUAAAGACUGAUCACUUGGAUCAUCAAAAACCAGAAGUUAGAGCAAACACUGACUCCUCUGUUUAUGAGCCAACUUCUUCACUGUCUUCUGAAGUAGUUGAUCUCGGUGAAUGUAUUAAAGAAACUAAUGUUACAGUCCCAACUCUAAAUGGAUGGCUACUUGGUUAUCCUAUAGUUUACCUAUUUGGGAUGGCUCAUGUUGAACAUGCCAUAUAUAACCUCUCUACCAAGUCUCUGCAUCUUUUCCAAGUCCUUGUUUGCAGGAGUGCCAGAUGCAAUAGAGGAUCUCAGGCUCAAAAAGAGGAACUAAUGAGUUUCUCUGUGCCAUAUGACUUGAGCUUGGAAGGAAUGAAUGAACCAUGGGCAGAGACAUUUUUGACUCACAUAAGGGCAAGGCAAGAAAGGUGCAACCAAAUUUGGACAUCCCUACAAAUGGAGGUUAGGGCUUGUUAUCCACAAGCAAUUGCGUUAUAAUGGUGAUAGUCGCAUUAUUGGAAAGGACGCACUAAAAUCGUUUUUUUUUUUGCCUACUAUACCCAGGCCUACACUCAACAGGUAGUAUUUUUUAAUGUAAUUAUUUAUUGUUCGUUUGUGUUUUCAUAGAAUAUGAAUAUACUCGACUAAGUAAAUAAGAAAAUCACUUUCUUAUUGAGAAUUUAA